UUGAGUCAUUCAGCAUAUGGAAAAAUAAAGAAGAACCCGGAUAUGUGAGUGAGGUUAUAAGUAUUUGAGUGUACUACUGAUCCGAGGCUGCCGGUUUGAUUUUACAGGCUGUACCAUCUCUGCACUGUGGUCAACUUCUGUGGAGCCAUGCAUCCUCAGCGCCCUCUGCCACAAGCGAUGCCCACGCCCCCCUCGUCCUCCCUGGGACAGCAGCUGAGGGACAUAGCCAUGGGUCUGGGCAGGGGCAAGAACUUCCUCGGUGGAAAAUUCGCCUAUGGGUUCAUUCAGUCUCUCAAAGAGUGCUUGUAUUUUCUGCUCUGCUGCUGGUGCAUCAAAGAGAUUCUGGACUGAAAUGAAUUAAUGAUUUUUCACUGGCGCCGGUUUCUGCGAGCCUCUGAUGAUCACACGUGUAGUGGCGGCCUAUAGCCUACAGGUCUGCAGGUUGAUCCUUCUAGGGUUUGAAAAAAGACCUGCUACUACUUUUGCAAUCAGUGGCUA